AUGCGGGAAAGACUUCACCGCAGGGUCACGGUUAAGGUAAGGCGGGAGGACUUCAAAAGAAGCCAGAGACCAAGACAAAGGCAGAACCUCCUGGCACAGCGCCUGGCGCCAGCGGACAAGCGCUCCCCGCACGCCUGCGGCGCAGUGGCGGGAAGCCCGCAGCAGCGGCGAGGGCCUGCUACUCUGUGGCAGAUCACGGCGUGCAGACAGCCGCCUCCUUUCCACCCCGUGAAGGAGAGGGCCAGGAAAAGGGAAAGCGGAGACGGGGCGGGGGGGCGUCAGACCCUCGGCGGUCUCCAGACACCUCCACAAAAUGGCGGCCACCUUUGGCAGGCACUCUUCUCCCCCACUGGCGCCGAACGGCCGCCUCAGCCGCAACCCGACCGCGCACCUCAGCCCCGCUUCGAGGUCUCCGCACAGGCCUGCAGGCGCGGCCGCUGCCCUCCCUUCGUCCCCCUCGGGGGUGCGGAGGCCCCCGCGCCAGGCGCUCGAACAGAAAGCCCGCACCUAAAAUGGCGGCCACCGCGCUUCAGCGGCUGGAGCCCCUGCUCUGCCUCGCCACAGCUGCACUGCUCCUCCACCUCACGCCGGGCCAGGCGGGCACGGAGGCAGGCCUGGUUCCGCCGGGCCUCGCUUGAGGCCCGCAGCGGGAAGCGUGCGCAACACAGCUCCCGCGCCCACCAGCUAGGCCUCUCGGCUCGCCGCCGCCGCCGCCCGCAGCCCGCUCCUGCCCGUGCAGGGCCACGCUGCUCCCCCGUCCCAGAGCCCCGGGCCCGCUCCUCUCGCCCGGCGCCACUCACCUCCACUCAGACCGCACUGCAACUGCGCAAUGAGGGCGAACAAAGGCGCUACAGCCCUUUAUACCGCCGACGUCACCAGUCAGAUGGAGCCCCGGAUGCAAGCCACAGCGAGCCUGGCAGGGGGAGGCUGCAGCCCGCCGCGGCGCCGGAGUCCUGUGGGGCCGGCGCGGAGCUCUGGCCUUGCGGAUACGCCGUUCGGCCCUUCCGCGGCGAGCGUGGGGAGGGCUGCGCGACCCGGAGCACGCUGUCCUGCCCCGCCCGGAGAUGGGAUGUGCCGCGGCCCGGAGGGCGUGAGCAGCGGUACGAUGCGAGCGCGGCUGGAUCCUGCCGGCCGGGCCACUCGAGCUGCCGCGGGCAGGGCUCCCCUCUUUGUCCGCUAGCUUCGGAGCGGGAGGCCUCCGUGCUUUGAGUGCAACAUCACUUAGGACAGGGUCGAGUUUGCGUCUGUGCGGGAGGUUAACCCUGCUCAGGACAGCUAUUCUGCAAGGCUGUCUCCAGUACCUCUUCUGAAAUUCCAGUGAACUUGACCACUGAAAACUGGCACCCAGGAGCUGCAGAUUAUACCCAGUCCUUCUCCAAGAAGUACCCUUAAUUUCUACAAGAUGUGAAAGCUAAGGAAUUGCAGGUUCCUCGGGUGGUUUUAGGAUUCCAUAUAGCUCCUGACUUGCUCUCGUGCAAUGAGGGAGCAGUGCCAAGCUGUA